AUGAUCGUUGAUGGAUUAAAAGGGAAAUUCUCUAGACUUUUACCUGUCGCCCAGACCGGCGCCCUCACCACGGGUACGACCACCACUUUUGACGUUCUUGUAGUCGUCUUAAAGUUUCUAGUUUUAAAAAGAACGCCGGUAAAAAAAAAAGAAAAAGGGAACAGUAGCCACUUCGCUACUGAUCAGCCUGCUAACGACGAACGCGACUUUUAUAAAAUAUUUUUGUCAAAGAAUAAUUUUGGAACAAUCCAUAUUCUGGUGAACAAUCCUGGGGUCUCCUCAGAUGCCAAAUUUAUGGAUUCAUCUAGACCUGAUUGGAAAAAAUUAUUCGAUGUAAAUGUGUUGGGUUUAAUUGAUUGUAGUAAACGUGCCGGUAGAAUGAUGUUAGAUUCUAACGUGGAAUGUUACAUUGUUAAUAUGAACAGUGUCUUAGGACACAACGUUGAUCUUCCGGGUUUUACACUUAACUUUUACCCAUCGUCCAAAUCCGCUUCUGUUGCUGCUACUGAGAUCAUACAAAAGGAAUUACAUGGCAGCAAAAUUCGAGUGACGAGUAUCAGUCCAGGAUUAGUAUCUACGAAUAUAAUGCAGGCCAAUAACUUCAACAUAAAGGAGUCGUAUAAGUCUUUGUAUGCAUUGGAACCUAAUGAUGUCGCAAAUGCCAUUAUUUACGUAAUUGGAACCCCACAACGCGUCCACAUUACAGAAUUGAUUAUUAGACCAUUCGGAGAAGUUAAAUAUGCGGUGUAAAUAUAUAAUUAGAUUAUGUAUAAUAUUCAAGAUAAAUAUUAUAUUGUUAUU